AGGAGGAGGAAGGCAGCGAGCCGCCACGGAGCAGCCGGCGGGGGGGGGGCCGCUCAGCCGCCGCCCGGAGCCCCGAUGGCCAAGCAAGCCGCCGACGUGACCUCGCCGUGCGAGCGCGAAGGCGGGCAGCUGCAGGCGCCCCGGAGGCACGGCCACCCGCGCCCGGGGGCCCCGACCUCGCUGCCCUGGGGUGAGGGGGGCCCGGCGUCGCCGGCGCCCGCCGUGGCGCCCCCCACCAGCCCCAGCCCCUUCGCCACCCGCUCGUCGUUCUUCAUCUUCGUGAGGCGCUCCUCGCUGCUGUCGCGGUCCUCCAGCGGGUACUUCUCCUUCGACGCCGACCGGAGCCCCGCGCCCAUGAGCUGCGACAAGGCCACGCAGACCCCGAGCCCCCCGUGCCAGGUCUUCAACCACUACCUGAACGCGAUGGCUUCCAGGAGGCAGUCUCCCUCACUAGCAGAAGAUAUACAGCCAGAAAUAUGGAUUGCACAGGAACUGCGGCGCAUUGGCGAUGAAUUCAAUGCCUCCUAUUAUCCAAGAAGGGGUUUCUUGGAUAAUCGUGCGGGAAACCCCCAGAUUGUCAUUUUACGCCUUCUACAUUACAUCAUCCGCCUCAUUUGGAGGAUGCAGUGAGUGCCGGACACUUUGCUUGCAAGACCUAGAGACUUGUCUACUUGUGCAGAAAAUCAGUGAAGGACAACUAGUGGCAGGUCUUUUCUGUGCCCUAAACAGGCACUUCAGAAACCUUCCUUUCUUAAAGGACAUCUGGAAGGCACCAUGGUCUCCAUCAGUGGAAACCACAUACGUGGACUGCCAACGUUUGUCUGCUGUUGGGAGGCACCGGAGGCGCAUGCCUUGCCAGUGGACCUAUUGGGACUCUCUGAGGCAGGAUUUCGUCUGAGAGUGGUGUUUACUAUGUUUCUCUCAAAUAUUUUUUUUUUUUUAAGAUUGAUCUCAGAGAAAAUGCUCAGCAAAUAUUGAAUUAAUUUUUCUGUCAUUCCUGGAAACCCAUAGACUCAUCUUGGAUCUACUCUGCAGUGGAAAAAACUGAGCCAGCUGAUCUGCAGAGCUGCCUUAGUUUGUAUUACAAACGUUACUGUACAGACUUGCAGCCCCUUCCCUUCCCCUUAGCAGGGAGGGGACAUGCUGGGAACCAGCCAUCUCCCUUUCUCUUCUGAGUGUUUGCCCGCCAGGAGGACGCUGCUGGAGAAGGGGAGAGGGAUUUAAAUCAGCACUUCUUUUAUCUGUAAAUAGCUAAUGUAGUCCUAAAUCUAACCGUAUUUGCAUCAUGCAAAUAACCUAUUUCCUGCUGACUGUUUUUCUUUCUUUUCUUUUUUUUUUCUUUUAAUGCUGAAAUUCCAUAUUUAGCUGUCAGACACCAGGGUCCAAAAAAUCACAACCAAACCAAACAAAAAAACAAUCCACCAGAUUGCCUUUUUAGAAGUUCUUUCUAUGAAGUGUGUGUAUGAACACACUUAUGUAUUGUAUAUUAUAUAUAAUAUAUAAUGUUGAUCACUUUGGAUAAUGCAGCAAUAAAGCAUUCUUGGAAGUAGGUUAAAACAGAUACCCAAACCCUGCAGUUCUGUGCCCAGAGAUGAAGGGUCCUGCUGCAUAACUUCAGGAACUGUUUUCAACUAUGGUUAGCACGUUACUGUUAAACCGAGGGUUUUUUAACAUUUUAGAUUUUUUUUCUGUGAUUGUCUUUGUGUUAGGACAUGUCCAGGGUGACAGGAGAGACCAGCCUGGGGCAGGUGUGGAGCAGCACGGGGACAAACAACACAGUAUUGGUGGUUUGAAGAUCCCCAGAGUUCAUGCUUUGAGAUCCUGCUGGAACAAAUCUUUUGUCAACUUUGAAAGAUAUUGCUGUGCGUGGCGGGACUUCAAUGUGCUCUUUUAAAUGGUACAAAUCCUUCAGGGCACUCGCCGCAUCCCUGCGCGGUGGAGCGUUGAGUCUUCUCAUGCGUCGCAGGCUACUGCUGUUCAAGGUGACCCUCUUCGAGAGCCACAUCAGGACAAUGUGAGACUCCCUACAGACUGGUUUCGGGAGUUGUUGUCCACAGAAGCCAUGUGUCAGACUAACUUCUUCCAAAUCAUGGUCUUCCCUGGAAAGUGUUUCCUGAGUGAUGUUGUCCCAGGAUGGUGCACUGUGUGUCCCAGGGGUUACGUGGCUUGCGCUAUACCAUCCAGAGACCCUUUGGCCAUAAAAUCUGGUUCAGAAGCUCCACACGAGGCACAAAACAGCAUUGGAAGAAGCAGGUUUGUCUUCUCGCGUCUGUUGAGCAGGUAGUUCCCGUUCCCUGUUGAUGGAGGCCCACCGUGGCUCUUUGGUUUAUCUUGAACAUGCAGUAGGCUUCUGUGCAGCAGGUGCUUUUCAAAUGCGCAGUUGCUUCUACAGCCUCUGUAUCUAUGCACAAAUGUCUUGUCUGCCUUCAAAACUGUCCACUUUCCUCUGGCUGGUGCAGGUGGUUCCCAUUUCCUAAUACCAGCUUCUAAGUCCCCCAGUUCUAUUUCUGGUUUCACCAGCACCAUAGAAGGAGAAGGGAAUUAAAAAAAAAAAUCAACCUACGCCCUGACCCCAAACUGUGGUAGCAGUUUUUCUACUGUGUUGCAAUACAGGGAAAAACUAUUCUGAGUGCCAUUGUAUUAUUGGUAGUAUUUUUAACAGUGGAUAAAACCAUACAAUCUGAUCUCUAUGCACUGGCUACUUGUGCCUGUCCCGUAGGCAGAAGACCUGUUUGCUGAUUUGUGUGGCUGUGUUCCUUGCCCUCGUUUGAAGGAUUAAGGAAUAGUGUUUUUUGGGUUCUGCAAGAUGAUCAUCUAUCCCAGGAGUUGGCCUGGGUUGCGGAAGAUAUCUAGAGGGGAAAGAGAUUGGUGUGGAAAACAGCUGGUGACCUUGGCUGGAGUCUGAGAAUCAGAAGGGCUACAGGAUAGGGCAGGUUCUUGCUGCCAUAAUUGUGUUGAUUUUGGCUUGUGACGUGUGCUCAAGAGAGCUGUGCUGCUCCAGUCAUGGUCAAGCCAGUCUUUUGGUGUUUUCUAUGGGCAUAUGUUCGUGGAGUUGUGUUUAAUUAAAAAAAAAAAAAAAAAAAAAAAAAGAGAACAGGAGGGGUAAGAAAAAUUAGUUUUUUCUCCGUUGAGCCAUUGAGCCACAACGGGUAUCUCCGCACGCAGCAUCAGUGGCUAAAAACGUGCGUUUUGGGGGCUUGCAGACUCAGAGCAUUGUGGGUGCCCUUAAUUUCUGUGGCAAAUGUAUUGCAGAUGGCAUAUUACAACUUGCCAACGAGAAUGUCUCCCGUGAGCACACCAAAGAAACGCGUCCUCGCCGGGAUGCGGAGCACUUUAUUCCCGUCCUCCAAACCCCGUCCAGCCAAAGAGCUGGUGGGGGGCCACUCUUGUGGGCUGACCUCGCGGGGCUUGUUGCCGGGCCCUGGCGGCAGGCUACCGUAACGAAUGAUUGACUUCAGGAAAAAAAAAAAAUUAAUUAUAUGAAUAGUUGGAGAAAAAAAGAUGGAUAUUGGCAUUCUGCACUCACCUGGAAGCCUUCCCUGCCGAAAGGCAGUUGUGAGAAAAGCAGCCCCUAAAAACAGGCUUUAUGCCUUCAAAAUCUCCCCCCUACCACUCUUCAGAGUUGUGAGGUUUUUAAAAAACAAAACAAAACAAAAAACCCCACCUUUUUUAGCUGGCUAAUUGGGCUGUUUCUUUUUAAGUCCACAUCACCUGCAUUUUCCCUGUCCUGCCAAAAUGAUUUGAUGAAGAAUUCUCUUUGGUUGUGGAGAAACCAGAUUCAUUCUUAGAGAAUCUCAUACCAUGCAUUGUGCUUCUCUUCUUUUGAUAACUGUAAAUAUUUGAAUAUUUAUUAGAGUAGGACACCAUAUUAUUCUCAUCAUCUGAGCCAAAUAUCUGUGUGCAAUGUAUUUCCUUUCCUUUUUCUCUUGUAAGUUUUGUACAGCUUUAUAAAUAAGUAAAAAAAAUUACUCUUUUUUCUAAACUUUUUAGAAUUGAACUCAGUAAAUACUGUAGAUUCUUUUUUUUCCCUGUGUAAUUAAUGCACUCUACUGUUCCAUAAUGCUGUAACUUUUAGAAAUGUUGUAUAUUUAUUUUCUGCGUAUUUAAGUUCCCUCCCCCUUCUCUCCUUCCCAUCCCCGAGUUUUUCUGGUAUGUAAGUAACUAACUGACUUUCAAAGCACUGUCUUCUAAUUUCAGUGCAGUCAAUAUGGUUUAGAUAAUGAGAUUUUUAUCUUUGCAAGUGCCUAAGUCUGGUUUUCCAGGAGCCAUUUAGGCAUGGAAGAGAUUUAAGCAUUACUGAAAUUUAAAGUCUGCUUUCUACAUGUCCCUGAUUUCCUGACUCUUUUUUUUUUUUUUUUUUUUUAUUUUAUUUUUUUUUUUUUUUUUUUUGUCAUCCCCUUUCAAGAACAUUGUCCUGGCCACUUUUUUCUGGACCAGCUUUAACAUUGGGUUCAAACCAAAAUGCACACUGAAGUUGUACUGAUUAAUCACUAACCUGUUUCAUAGGACCCAGCAUAUGUAGCAUUUUUAUCGCAAUUUCCCUGGCUUACUUGUGUUUUGCACUGAUGAAUUUUGGACAGGGUAAUUGCCACUUUACUUGUGCAAUACUGCUGUAAAUAAUUGCAGAUUUUUUUUUCUUUUUAAGAUGCAAUCUUUUUAUGUUCUUAAUAUGAGGUUUUAUAUGAAUAAAACUUUCAA